AUGUCACCACGACUCAAAAUAACAAAAUAUGUUAUUGAGAGGUUGUCUCAAAUAGACACAAGUGAAACUACGGGAUGCUUAUAUGGUCUUAUGUACGACGGUAUUCUUCUCGUCGUAGGAUUGAGUUUAGAAUUAUUUGAAAAUGGAAAGAACACUUAUAAUCAGUUGCUGCUCUAUCUGCCAGCCGAGAUUGAACUUUGUGGUGUUGUAAAAUUUAGUGAUUCUUUAAUAAUAGAAAACAAGACAAAAGAAGUAUUACAGGAUGUAGACAUAACUGAUAACCCCCUUGUUAUAAUCAUCAGUAAAAAUAAAGAUAUGAAAGCAUACUUCUCAGUACAUGAUAAGUUUGAAGAGACAAAUUAUGAAGUUAUGGAAUCAGAUGAAUUAUGGAAACAAUUUCUUCAUGUCCGUCUAAAUACUGUUUUACCAUUAACAUGUGAAGCAACAAUAGCUGGUGUGAAGAAUAUACUUCAAAAUAAAAGAAAAAAGAUAGCUUCUGGUCAAGUAUCAUUUCAUAUAGAUGGUACAGCAGUUUACCUUUUUGGAAUAGCAUCGGAUGUUGGAGUGACUGGAACAAGUACAGAAGCAAACAUUGGAGAACUAAUAGACUCUUUGAGUCCAGAACAACCUUCCAGAAAGAAAAAACUAAACACUCACACCUUGGAAAUAGUGCCAGUGAAUGCAGUGAUGAAAACAACAAAAGAUAUAUUAUCGGAUAAACUUGUGAAAACGGCUGUUAAGAUGAUGACAACACAAAGGAAACCCGCUUUCUGCAUAAGUAUGCCAUUAAAAAUUGAUACAUUGGCAAUGAUACAUAGAAACACAAAGUUGUCCGAAUUAUACACAGUAUUAGUAGAAGCAGCUUGCAGAUCACUUAGGUUGCUGGAAAGUGUCUUACUGGAGCAAUUAGGUCAAGAAGGCAUAGGUGAUGGAGCAGGUUUGCGACUGCCAGAAACAUUCCAUUAUUUACCUCAAGAAUUAGGUCAUUUUCUCACAAGAGUUGUACCUAAAGACAUUCCAGACGAGAGUAUGGAGAAAGAGAGAAUGUUAUUACACGAGCAGCUCGCUCUGCCCCUAGAUAAGCCUAUAUUUCGAAGGGGAAAUGCAUACACAACCUACGGUGGACGACUAGUUAAUCCCCAUGAAGCAUUACCGUUACCGUCCACAUCUCCCCAUAUAACGGUAGCUUUAGUAAGGGGUCGUUACACUUAUCACCAUUACAUGCAAGACAACUUCAAUGAUGAUGGUUGGGGUUGUGCCUAUCGUUCUAUGCAAACGAUAUUCUCAUGGUUUAGGUAUCAAGGUUACAACACAACUAAUAUACCGACACAUAAAGAAAUUCAACAGUGCCUUGUUAAAAUUGGUGACAAACCAUCCUCAUUCAUUGGUUCAAAACAAUGGAUUGGAUCAACAGAAGUAAUGUUUUGUUUGGAGACUCUUCUCGGCGUACAAUCUAGAAUCAUAUUCGCAAACACUGGAUCAGAACUGCAGAGUUACACGCCUGAGUUGAUAUACCAUUUCCAGAAGCAUGGUAGCCCGAUUAUGAUUGGAGGUGGAGUUUUGGCGCACACAAUCAUAGGUGUGGAAUACAAUGCGGAAACAAAUGAAACCCGUUAUCUUAUUUUAGACCCACAUUAUACGGGCGCUGAUGAUUUGACGACAGUAAUAGGCAAGGGUUGGUGUAGUUGGAAAAAUUCAGAUUUUUGGAACAAAACUGCUCAUUACAAUCUCUGUUUGCCACAAACCAGACCUUGUAUUUAG